AGCCGUUGCUUACUUGUACCUAUGGCUGUGUCCUGCAAUCCUUAUAAAGUGGACGAACACACCUUCCCACCCAGUCUCAGCGUGCUGCGAAGCCUGCCGGCCAUGAGAAUCUAUUAUCUCCUCUUCGUGUUGCCCUUCCUGUUCUUGAUGCCUGUUCCAGGAAAUGGAGGAAUUAUAAGCCUCCUGCAGAAGCAGUUUUGCAGUUUGAGAAGCGGCAGGUGCGCUCUGCUAACCUGCCUUCCAAAGGAGGAGCAAAUCGGCCGAUGUUCUCUCAGCGGCCGAAAGUGCUGCCGAAGAAAGAAAUAAAAAAUCCAGAAACGCGAUGGGAGUGUUGUAAAGUGUCGUGAGAUGCCUCCUGGAAGUUUGUAGAAGCAAAAUCAAAUUAAAUAUUUUUCUCAAAACAA